ACAACACACAACACACCACCACCAAAAGCAACAAGAAGCAGACCAAGACGAAGACGAACAUCCACACCCCCCCUCUCUCUCCUGCCCUGUCACACAGACAGCAUAUCCGAGCACACGAUCUUGUGUGGUGACCGUCGCUUGGUGCAUUGUGAUCGCUGCGCCCGUCGCGUCGACCCUAUUUGCUUACGUCUGAGACAGGUUUGUCCCGCUUUUGCCUUGCUUGAGAGAAAACGGCGAUCCAGCCAACGUAUCUGAGAAGGACACACAAGGACACACCACUUAACAGCAACAGUCAGCCAUGGGGAACUUGAUGCAGGUGUUGAAGAAGGACGGCCGCCGUUGCGGCGAGGACAUCUUCCUCGACUUUGAGAACGCACAGCCCACAGAGGAGGAAAGGCCCGUGUAUGAUCAAGUGAAGGUGGUCUUGGACCAGUCGGUCGGCAUCCUCGAAGACCUGGAAAGCUAUGCUGGUGCAGAUGAGGCAAUUCGCAACGCCAUUGCCAAUCCAAACAGCGACGAGCACCAGCAUAUGGCGUGGGAUGCCGUCUGCCCGCUGGUCAAGAAGCUCAAGGAGUUUUAUGACUACUCGUCCGACCUUGAGGAGGUUCUCCCGCUCUUGCUGCAGGCGCUGUGUGCAGAGGACCCUGUCGCUUCACUCGAGCGCAAGCAGGCGCUGGCGAAACAGUUUGCGGAGAUUCUUCACUUUGUGCUGAAGUUUGAUGACCUGAAGAUGUCAAACCCAUCGAUCCAAAACGACUUCAGCUACUACCGGCGCACGCUCAGCCGCAUGAAGAUGAACAACGCUGGUGGCGAGGAUCAGGCUGUGGUCACAAACGAGGAGGCAAACCGCAUGUCUCUCUUCUACGCCUACCCGACCCCCAUCCUCAAAACCAUCAGCGACGCAACAACCAAAUUCGUUGCAGAGAACAAAGACAUCCCCAUUGACAACACAACCGACUGUCUGAGCACCAUGGCAGCCGUGUGCCGAACCAUGAUUGAGCAGCCCGAGCUGUCUGCGCGGUUUCACAACCCGGAGACGAUUCUGUUCUGCCAGCGGGUGAUGGUUGGCGUGAUCAUCCUGUACGACCACGUUCACCUCAUUGGCGCAUUCUCAAAGAAGAACAACUCCAUCGAUAUCCGAGCGUCGAUCAAGGUGCUCAAGCUGCACGACAACCCACAUCUUGAGGGAUUGCUUAACGCACUCCGGUACACGACAAAGCACCUCAACGAUGAGAGCACGCCCAAAGAGGUCAAGAAGAUGCUUGCCGCCUAACUACGCAGACUACCUCCCCACCAUUGUCGUUGUCGUCGUUCAGUGUUGACGUGUCCCAUUGUGCACACAGUGUGCGUGAUAGAGGCCCCUUUUUUGUUUUCAGUUGGCUUGUCAGGCGCAUACGCAGACUUCUCUCUGUGUGUCUGUUUGUGCGUGCGCUUUGUGAUGUUCUCCUUGUCAUUCUUGCUGUUGCUCGUUACACCUCUCAACCACCCCUUUUCGCCUUUCUUUCUUUCUUUCUUUCUUUCUUUUUUGUGUGCUCCUCUGUUGCGUGCACGUUUUGGCUUUGGGCUUUUCCCAUGCAACCCAGUGUUGUGUGUCUGUGUGACUGUCUGUGAGCAAACCAACUUGUGCAUGUUGUGAAAGUGACGCGUGUGUAUUGUGUUGCCCAAUCAACAGAGUUGCUUGUUGCCUUCCUUUCCUUCCCUCCUUUUUGUUGUUCGUUGUGUUGACCCGCGUUUGCAGUCGUACUGUCCACCAAUACAUGUAUCACAUCACAUCUCACAUCGCCAUCGUUGUUGGUGUCAGCUCAGCGCCAGAGUGCACCAUGUCAAGGCUCAUGUCACACAUCACAUCAUCCAAG